AUGGUGAUGGGCGGCGUUGGCAGUGCGGUUGGCUGUUUAAUGAGGAGCGGCUUUGAAAUGUGGUCACAGAUGAAGACGCCGGAGGACUGCAUUCCCGUGGCAAUGGCCCUCUUCAUUCCAACCUCCGGCGUUGGUCGUGGCGCUGGUGCUCAUCCUCGCCGUGCCAAAUGCCUCCCUCCCACUGUCGUACGUUUUGGGUGCACUGUCCAACGGGACGCGUGCCGGCGUGAUCGUUUUGGCGAUGCGCACCAUCUGCGCCAAGGACGGCGCCAAGCACUACAGCGUUUGUUUCCUGUCAACGGUGUUUGCGACGAUUCUGUUGAACCGAUUUGCCUACGGCGAGUGGUAGAGCCGUAG